UUUUCCGUCUACUUUUUCUUCACCGGUCAAGCGAAGCGGUCGCAUUGUUUGUGAUGCCGUUGAUUUAAAGUGAAAAAGUUUAAUCCAAGCGCAUCAUUCUUAAAAUGUGUCAAUUCAUUGAAUAAACUAGUAAAAGUGCAAUUGUAUGUGUUGGCUUUGAAGUAGCGGGCAGCUUCAACAUGUACUUGUAUAAUUUGACGCUACAAAAGGGCACCGGCGUCACGCACGCGGUGCACGGCAACUUUUCGGGUGGCAAGCAGCAAGAAGUGCUGCUGUCACGUGGCAAGUCGCUGGAGUUGCUUCGCCCUGAUCCCAAUACCGGCAAAGUUCACACGUUGAUGUCAACAGAAAUCUUUGGCUGCAUUCGUGCUCUGAUGGCCUUUCGUCUGACGGGUGGCACAAAAGAUUACAUUGUUGUUGGUUCAGACUCUGGUCGCAUUGUCAUUCUGGAAUACAUUCCCAGCAAGAAUGCGCUUGAAAAAGUGCAUCAGGAGACCUUUGGCAAGUCCGGCUGUCGUCGCAUUGUCCCUGGUCAAUACUUUGCCAUCGAUCCAAAAGGUCGUGCCGUGAUGAUUGGUGCUGUGGAAAAGCAAAAGUUGGCCUACAUCAUGAACCGUGAUACACAGGCACGUUUGACCAUCUCGUCGCCAUUGGAAGCUCACAAGUCGAACACACUGACUUAUCACAUGGUUGGUGUCGAUGUUGGCUUUGAUAAUCCAAUGUUUGCUUGUCUGGAAAUCGACUACGAAGAAGCAGAUUUAGAUCCAUCAGGUGAAGCAGCUCAGCGCACUCAACAAACACUGACAUUUUACGAAUUGGAUCUUGGCCUGAAUCAUGUGGUUCGCAAGUACUCUGAACCACUCGAAGAGCACGCAAAUUUCUUGGUUUCUGUGCCCGGAGGCAAUGACGGACCUUCGGGUGUGCUCAUUUGCUCUGAGAAUUAUCUGACAUAUAAGAAUCUGGGCGAUCAGCAUGAUAUUCGUUGUCCCAUUCCGCGUCGUCGCAACGAUCUCGAUGAUCCGGAGCGUGGCAUGAUCUUUAUAUGUUCGGCAACACAUCGCACCAAGAGCAUGUACUUCUUUCUGCUGCAAACGGAGCAGGGCGAUAUCUUUAAAAUCACCCUGGAGACCGACGAUGAUGUUGUGUCGGAGAUCAAGCUCAAGUACUUUGACACUGUGCCACCAGCAACGGCAAUGUGUGUGCUGAAGACUGGUUUUCUGUUUGUCGCCAGCGAAUUUGGCAACCAUUAUCUGUAUCAAAUUGCACAUCUGGGCGAUGACGAUGAUGAACCCGAAUUCAGCUCUGCGAUGCCAUUGGAGGAGGGCGAGACUUUCUUCUUUGCUCCACGUGCAUUGAAGAACCUCGUGUUGGUCGAUGAGUUGCCCUCGUUUGCACCCAUUAUUACCUCCCAGGUGGCUGAUCUGGCCAAUGAGGACACGCCACAGUUGUACGUGCUCUGUGGUCGUGGUCCACGCUCUACACUUCGUGUACUGCGUCAUGGCCUCGAGGUAUCUGAGAUGGCUGUCUCUGAGCUGCCCGGUAAUCCAAAUGCCGUAUGGACUGUCAAGAAACGUGUUGAUGACGAGUUUGAUGCCUAUAUCAUUGUCUCCUUCGUGAAUGCCACUCUGGUUCUGAGCAUUGGUGAGACCGUUGAGGAAGUAACGGAUAGUGGUUUCCUUGGCACAACGCCAACAUUGUGUUGCGCUGCCUUGGGUGACGAUGCUUUGGUUCAAGUCUAUCCCGAUGGCAUUCGUCACAUCCGUUCCGAUAAACGUGUGAAUGAAUGGAAGGCGCCGGGCAAGAAAUCCAUUACCAAAUGCGCCGUCAAUCAACGUCAGGUUGUCAUCACGCUCUCUGGUCGGGAAUUGGUUUACUUUGAAAUGGAUCCGACUGGCGAGUUGAACGAGUACACAGAACGCUCUGAAAUGCCUGCCGAGAUCAUGUGCAUGGCUUUGGGAACAGUGCCUGAUGGCGAGCAACGUUCCUGGUUCUUGGCUGUGGGCCUCGCUGAUAACACUGUGCGCAUACUCUCGCUGGAUCCCAACAACUGCCUCUCGCCCUGCUCUAUGCAGGCUUUGCCCUCGCCAGCCGAGUCUUUGUGCUUGGUUGAGAUGGGUCACACAGAGAGCACCACAGCGGGUGGUGGAGCAGAUGAUGAUUUGCCACCUCAGCGCAGUGGUGGCAGCAAUAAAGGCACAAUCUAUCUGAAUAUUGGAUUAAGCAAUGGCGUCUUGCUUCGAACUGUUUUGGAUCCCGUAUCUGGAGACUUGGCGGAUACACGUACACGUUACUUGGGCUCGCGUCCGGUGAAACUGUUCCGCAUCAAGAUGCAGGGAGCGGAGGCAGUGCUGGCCAUGUCCAGCCGCACUUGGCUGUCGUACUAUCAUCAGAAUCGUUUCCAUUUGACGCCAUUGUCCUACGAGACACUGGAGUACGCUUCGGGCUUCUCCAGUGAGCAGUGUAGUGAAGGUAUUGUGGCCAUUUCAACGAAUACGCUGCGUAUCUUAGCACUUGAGAAACUUGGAGCUGUCUUCAAUCAGGUGGCAUUCCCGCUGCAGUACACGCCGCGUGCUUUUGUCAUACAUCCGGAUACGGGACGCAUGCUAAUUGCCGAGACGGAUCACAAUGCGUACACUGAAGAUACGAAGAAUGCACGCAAAGAACAAAUGGCGGACGAAAUGCGUAGUGCUGCUGGCGAUGAGGAACGAGAGCUGGCCAGAGAGAUGGCGAAUGCCUUUAUCAAUGAAGUGCUGCCAGAGGAUGUUUUCUCUGCACCCAAGGCUGGACUGGGUCUGUGGGCCUCACAGAUUCGCUGCCUGGAUGCCAUGCAAGGCCAGACAAUGUUCAGCGUGCCGCUGACUCAAAACGAGGCAAUCAUGUCGAUGGCAUUGCUGAAGUUCUCCAUUGCUGCCGAUGGACGCUAUUACUUGGCGGUGGGAAUCGCUAAGGAUUUGCAGUUGAAUCCACGCAUAUCACAAGGUGGCUGCAUUGAUAUCUACAAGAUUGAUCCGACGUGCACAAGUCUGGAGUUUUUGCAUCGCACAGAGAUUGAGGAGAUACCUGGCGCACUCUGUGGAUUCCAGGGUCGCUUGUUGGCGGGCUGUGGACGCAUGCUGCGUAUCUACGAUCUGGGCAAGAAGAAGAUGCUGCGCAAGUGCGAGAACAAACACAUUCCCUACCAGAUUGUCAACAUUCAAGCCAUGGGUCAUCGUGUUUAUGUGUCUGAUGUGCAGGAAUCUGUGUUCUUCAUACGCUAUCGUCGUGCCGAGAAUCAGCUCAUCAUAUUUGCCGAUGAUACGCAUCCUCGUUGGGUGACGGCCACAACGCUGCUAGACUACGAUACCAUCGCUAUAGCUGACAAGUUUGGCAACCUGAGCAUUCAACGCCUGCCGCAUUCGGUGACCGAUGAUGUGGACGAAGAUCCAACUGGUACCAAAUCGUUGUGGGAUCGUGGCUUGUUGUCUGGAGCAUCGCAAAAGUCGGAGAAUAUUUGCUCGUUCCAUGUGGGCGAGAUAAUCAUGUCACUGCAGAAGGCCACGCUCAUUCCUGGCGGAUCUGAGGCAUUGAUCUAUUCGACAUUGAGUGGAACUGUUGGUGCCUUUGUGCCGUUCACCAGUCGCGAGGAUUAUGACUUCUUCCAGCACCUGGAGAUGCAUAUGCGCAAUGAGAAUCCGCCGUUGUGUGGCCGCGAUCAUCUCAGCUACCGCAGCUCCUACUAUCCGGUGAAGAAUGUUCUCGACGGGGAUUUGUGCGAACAGUAUUUAUCCAUUGAUGCAGUGAAGCAGAAGAGCAUUGCCGGCGACAUGUUCCGCACGCCAAAUCAGAUCUGCAAGAAGCUGGAAGACAUUCGCACACGCUAUGCAUUCUAAGUAGUUUUGCUUUGGAUAUGCAGCGAAGCAGCAGCAACGAAAAUUCUAUUCAUUUUAAAAGCUACAGUAAUAAAACCCAAGUACUGCGGAUCUCUCACGUGGAUGUCCUUAAAAGCACAAAAGCUGUACUUUGGAUGCGAGCUUUUGGAUUUCUAAAUAUAUUUUACAUACUAGUUUAAAUAUGUAAUCGGUAAUCUUUAGCCGUAGAUUGCACAUUGAUACACAACAUAUACAACCACUAAAAUGACUGCCUAUUUAUAUUAGAUUUAAUGGUUGCACAAAUUCCAAAUAUUUGUGCAGCAUCUCUUAUUUAAUAUAGAGUGUUGUGUGUUCCCCUCAUCACACUCGCCCCCUCACAAUGUAGUCUAAGCAACAAUUUUAAAUACACAAUAAAUGAAGAAGAACAAAUAAGCUAA